AAUCAUUACUGUUUCGUGUUCCUUGUCAUUGGGCAACGUUGCUCGCAGUCUGAGCUUCUUCCCACACAAUGCCCGUCCCAGCGGCGUUGCGCCAGAUUGCGGACACGCCUGGCUUUGUGCCCCGCUGCAGGCUCAUGUUCCAGCUCUACGUCCACUCUACCAUCUUUGCCAAUGCAUUCAACAUCUUUUUGGAUUUGCUGUCAUGCUCCCUUUACAUUGCUGUCCAAGCCAGUUCCAAGGGCGAAAGCUGGUUUGAACCGCGGGACAAGUCGUUCUGGGUGAUUCAGCUGGUCAUGGCGUUCUUGUAUCUAUUCGACGUAUUCAUCACCUUCUUUUUCCGUUCGACCAACAUUAACGGCUUUUUCAUGGCCCUACGUCCAAUCAUCGAAAUCGGAACAAGCAUGCCUUUCAUCAUCUCCAUCUUUUGGCCACACAUGAGAGACAUGUACGUUCCGACCUUUCUUCGCUGCUGGUGCGCACGGGUGGCUACUGCCGAGAUUUUCCGCGCUAUAGAGACCACCGCCAGUAAUGCGGAUCGCGUUUUGGUGCACCGCCUCUGGCUCCUCGUCAUUUCAAGCUUGUGCAUCAUCUUUACAUGCACCAUGGGCGUCAACGUGAUUGAGCAACACAGCAGCGCGGAUGCGUCGGAACAGGUCGAACUGUUCAACAUGUACGGCUCCCUCUGGUUUGUCUUUGUGACUUUCAGCACCAUAGGCUAUGGAGACCGCGUUCCGCAAUCUUGGGAAGGCCAGCUUUUUGUCAUGUUUAUGAUUCUUGCCGUGUUCGUCAUCAUUCCCCAGCAAAUUCAAGAUAUUGUCAAUGUCGUUCAGGAAUCGAACGCCACCGGCGGGCACUAUCAAUCGCACUCGUGGAUUAUGGCUUUCGUCCAGAAGGGCUACCGCCUUCAUCUCCGGCUUCGAGGGCGGCUUGGCAAGUCGAAUCCGUCCUCCAAGCGCGCAGACUGGCGCCAUGUGGUCAUGACCGGUGGCAACAUUGCUUCUGCGAGGCUGCUCGACAUGCUCGAGGAGUUUUACGCAGACCAUCACAACUCUGCACGCGUGGAUGUCGUGGUGCUGUGCCCUCCGAACGCCGAGCUCGAGAAGGCCAUCCAGUUCUCCAGCUGGGUCUCGCGCAUCAAGUACAUCCGUGGUUCCGCUUUGAAUGAAGGCGAUUUGCAUCGCGUUCGGCUGAAGGACGCGCAGGCUUGCUUUAUCGUUUCGGACGAAAGCGUCGAUGCUGCCGAGUCGGACAGACAGACCAUCUUGCGCGCAUGGUCUGCGUACGACUACGCACCCGACUGUCCCUUGUAUGUGUUCAUCAUUCUACCAGAGAGUCGCGUGCACCUGGGCAUGGCGCAUCAGAUUUUGUGCAUGGAAGAGGUCAAAUUUGGCUUGAUGGCCAAAAACGUGACCUGCCAUGGCGCUGCCACGCUGUUAAUUAACCUGUGCCACACAAUGGAGUCGGUGACACGCUCUGACGACUUUACCAUUACCGAGGAAUGGCAGCAAGAGUAUCUUGACGGGUUGGCAACCAAUAUCUACUGCGCCUACCUCGGGAAAGCGGGCCUGCUUUCAAUGGACAUGCUUGGAAAGUCCUUUUUUGAAGCUGCUGCCAACGUCUUCUUUACGCAUGGGAUUACGCUGUUUGCCAUCAAACGAAAUGGGCACUAUCAUGUCAACCCUGGCCGCUCUUUUGUUCUUCAACUCGGCGACGUGGGUUUCUAUCUCGCUCGGUCGAAACAACUCGGUCGCGAGUGGAACAUUCCCGUCGCCAUGUCUGCAAGUGGCAUAAACCGAUUUAGCAGCGACAGCUCCGCCUCCAGUCGGCCGUCGAGUCAUUCCACUAGCAACAUUCGGAGUCCCACAUCGGUUGCUCGUCUUCCUUCAGUCAGCCCUGGUGGUACUGUUGCGCCAGACGCUUCCAGCACGCCAUUCUUCCAGAACAACAACAACAACAACAACUACACGGCGGCGACAACCACAACCUCUGGCGAACAAUUAAGCCUUGAAGGAGCGCUUCCGUGGCAACUUCCUUCUUUUCCAUUGCCGAAGCCAACCCUUACGACACUGCAUGCCACCCGUUCAUUGGAGAUGGUGAGCCUCGACAGUGACCCUGUUCCAAACCUUCCAAUGUUGCAGGCAGCCGCCGCUGCAGCCACGGUGGUAAAAACACGGCCAUCGGUCACACACGCCACACUUUACAGUGGAUCCGUAGCUGCGUUGUUUGCGAAUGUCGGAGGCUGCCCCGGCUUGGGUCGCGUACCUCUCUUGUCCCUCCAGCCCAGCUUGCCCUCCGCGUCUGUUUGGGCAUCGUGGCGAGCUCGAGGUGCGUUUAGCGGAGCACUUUGGGCGGCACUCUAUCCUGACGAGCCCGUUCCUCCCGAAUUUUGCGACCUGCCCGCGGCCGCGUCAGACGCGACGAACGACCAGGACGGUGUCUACUUUUCUCCUCCGCCGGCACCGCCCAGGCUGUCUCCGUUUGUCUCUGACAUUCUUCCAAACCCGUUGUUCCUGGGCGCACCACUCUUCACGUGUCACAUUCUCCCCACGAACGAGCGGCCAGUGGUUGCCCCAGUGUUGACUGCGCUCCCGUUGCCGUUUCCGCGCCCACACACAAUUCUGGCGGCAACUGCGGAUUCGUCUGGCCUGUAUUUGUUCGUCAUGAGUCUGAGACGCUCCACACUUCCCCCAGAAGAGCUGAUUCCGAUCGUGCUCGUGUUUGCAGAGCCGCCAUCGCGGGGCAUGCUUGCGGCGCUCGCCCCAUUUCCACUCGUUUAUGUGAUGCAAGGAAGUAUUUCUGACCCUCAUGCACUCAGCAUGGCGAGUGUCAAAACUGCUCGUCAGAUCAUUAUGACGGGUGCCCACCACGUCAGUGACCAGCGUGAGGAGUACUUGGCGGAUGCGUCUGCGAUUAUGGCGGUGCAUCAGCUGCACCUGCGCCACCCGGCGCUCGUGUCAAUCAUCGAGCUCAUGUUCCGCAGCAACAUCAAAUUCCUGGGAUUCCACCAACGGGCAGCCCGAGACUAUCACGAGCAACUGGUGCGGCGACAGCAAGCGUCCAAGGCUGCCAAGGUCAAGCUGAAGGUUGCAGUACACGGUCCUGGUUUUAUUGGCAAGCUUGGCCACAUCGUGGAGAACAAGCGCGUCAAAAAAGUGGAGGAUGCUGCCUCGAACGGCCAUCCGCAGUCCAGUUCGCGGCUGAAAGCGGAGGAUGUCAGCUCGAACAGCAGCCACCGUUCUUUACAACCCAGCUCUCACCCUCCUUCCGAGUCGCUAGAAACCUUUCGGCGGGAGGACAGUUUCCGGCAUGUUGUUGCUAGUGGGUCGCACCAGACCGGCCUGCCGUGGACGCUCCGACCAAGUUACGUGGAAGGCACCGUGUUUUCAAAGACGAUGGUCGAGUCCAUCAUGUAUCAAUCCUUCUAUCAGCCGGACAUGACGCAAAUCUUUCGAAGUUUGUUGGGCUUGCUCGACGAAACCGACAAUGCCCAGCUCGAGUCCAUCCCCCUCCGUUCCAUUCUAGCUGCUGCGCCCAUCUACUGUUACGGAGAUCUCGUGGCCUACCUCUUAUUGCACGAGCUGAUACCCCUUGGUUUAUAUCGAUCUCGAUUUUCGAACAAGAUUGAGCGAUCCGCUGUGUCAGUCUCUUCACCGACCGCGGCAGCAGCCGCAACAACAACGACAACAACAACAACCACAACAUCAACAAAGCCGUUCCCACCCGUUGCUGACGAUGGCACUUUGGUGACAAACAAGUACGUGUACACCAACCCACCGGCGGAACUGUUCUUGCGCGACUCUGAUCGAGUCUAUGUCCUUCGGUCUCGAGCCAUGCCGCUGAAAAAUCUGCCAAAGGCUCCGAAACCGUGGCCCAGCCGCGCACCAGCGACCAAGAUGGCUACUUUGGCUCCAGUUGGCAGCGAAACGCCUUCCGAACCAGCUAGUGUGGCGGCGGCGGCGGCGGCAACAAAUGCGAAUGACGACUCCUCUGUGCCAGUAUUGGUCGAAGUGGAGCCUGGUCACAAGUUUCUUCGCGUCGACGAUGAUGCCACUGGAGUUGAGUUUGUUCCGCCGGACGUUGCGACGGACGAUUUGACCACAGACACGACGACCACCAGCAGUCUUCACGAUUCGGUUGUUGUCCCCGAGCCGACCGAGCUCUUGAUACCACCGUUCGAAUUGCCCGAGUCCUCCCACUCUUAUGUUUGAUGGAUGGCUCUCCGCGACCAUUUUGACAAUGUGCUUUCGUCAGCCGCCAAGCAACCAUUUCCACUCUUUUAUUUAUUCUCUCAAUAAAUCUCACGAUCGCUGGGUCGAAAGCAUUCCAUCGCA